AUGGGUAAGGAAGUAGUAUUGGAUAUUGCCCCCAAGUGCAUCGAUGGUUUGGAUUUUUCUGCCCUUUCAGCAAAGGACAUUGUUGCACAAUCAGAGGUUGAGAUUCAAACGAGAGAUUUGUAUGAUUUGGAAAAAGGAAGGGUACCGAAGGAAGGGGGAGCCUUGGAUACGAGAAUGGGUAUCUCCUCAAACUCGUCAGAGUGCGCUACAUGUCAUGGAAAUCUUGCAUCGUGUAAUGGUCACUUUGGUCACAUCAGACUUGCAUUACCAGUGUUUCAUGUGGGGUAUUUCAAAGCGGUUAUAUCGGUGUUGCAAUGUGUUUGCAAAAAUUGUGGAGCCAUAUUGCUAGACCCCCCGGCCAAGCGCCAGUUUUUAUCGGAAUUGAGGCGACCCAACAUUGACAAUCUAAAAAGGAUGAAAAUUUUGAAAAAAAUCAAUGACCAGUGUAAGAAGCAACGACGCUGUUUGAAAUGUAACCAUGUAAAUGGUGUUAUUAAGAAAGCAGCAAGCGGAGCAGGUCCGGCAUCGUUAAAGAUUGUGCACGAUACAUUCAGAUGGAUCGGAAAGAAAGAGACCCCUGAAAAGGCUGUUUGGGAUGAGGACUUAGAUUUGGUGUUUAAACGGAAUCCUGAUUUAGAAAAGUUUGCCAAACGGAUUCAAGAGGAUUUUAAUCCGUUAAAGACCUUGAACUUGUUUAAACAAAUUAUCCCUGAAGAUUGUGAAUUACUUGGAAUGGAUUCUUCCAAAGGGGGAAGGCCGGAGGUGUAUAUAUGGCGCUAUCUACCGGCCCCACCGGUAUGUAUUAGGCCUUCGGUUAUGAUGGAUGCGCAGUCGAAUGAAGAUGAUCUCACGGUUAAGCUCACAGAAAUUGUUUGGACAUCAUCGAUGAUUAAAGCAGGAAUUGCCAAAGGUAUCUCCAUUAAUAACUUGAUGGAGCAAUGGGACUACUUGCAACUUUCCGUGGCAAUGUAUAUUAACUCCGACGCGGCAAACCCAGCCUUGAUGUCAGGUGGUGGUGGCGGUGGAUCAAAGUCGGCAAAACCAAUCCGUGGAUUUUGUCAGAGACUAAAGGGUAAGCAAGGUCGUUUCAGAGGAAAUUUGUCGGGGAAAAGGGUUGAUUUCUCAGGUAGAACUGUGAUUUCGCCCGACCCCAAUUUGAAAAUAGACGAGGUUGCGGUGCCCGAUAGGGUAGCUAAGGUUUUAACGUAUCCUGAAAAAUGCACCAGAUACAACAAGAAAAAAUUACAGGGUUUGGUUAUCAACGGGCCCGAUGUACACCCAGGAGCAAAUUACGUAAUGAAGCAGAAUGAAGCAGGAAAGAGAAAUUUAAGAUUUGGCGAUCGUGUAAAGUUGGCAAAGUCUUUGCAAAUUGGAGAUGUUGUUGAACGUCAUAUCGAAGAUGGCGAUGUUGUCUUGUUUAACCGUCAACCUUCAUUGCAUAGAUUAUCAAUCUUGGCCCAUUAUGCCAAAGUCCGUCCAUGGAGAACUUUUAGAUUGAAUGAGUGUGUUUGUACGCCAUAUAAUGCCGAUUUUGAUGGUGAUGAAAUGAACUUACAUGUUCCUCAAACGGAAGAAGCAAGAGCCGAAGCAAUCAACUUGAUGGGAGUUAAAAAUAACUUGUUAACGCCAAAGUCGGGUGAGCCUAUCAUUGCCGCUACUCAAGAUUUCAUCACCGGCUCUUAUUUAAUCUCUCACAAGGAUUCCUUCUUUGACCGUGCGUCUUUGGUCCAGUUGUUGAGUAUGAUGUCGGACGCGGACAUACAGUUUGAUAUACCCCCGCCAACAAUAGUGAAGCCAGUAAUGCUCUGGACAGGUAAGCAAGUGUUUUCGUUGUUAAUCAAGCCAAAUAGACACAGUAAAGUUGUCAUCAACUUGAAUGCCAAAAACAAGACAUUCCACCCACCUGAAAAGGGUCUACCAAGUGAGAUGUCCCCGAAUGAUGGUUUUGUCAUUAUUAGGGGCUCGCAAAUUCUUAGUGGGUUGAUGGAUAAAUCGACUUUGGGUGACGGGAAAAAACACUCUGUGUUUUACACGAUACUUCGUGACUAUGGUCCUCAAGAGGCAGCAGCAGCAAUGAAUCGAAUGGCCAAAUUAUGUGCUAGAUUUUUGGGUAACCGCGGUUUCUCCAUUGGUAUUAACGAUGUGACGCCUGCUCAUGAAUUGAAACAAAAGAAAGAAUUGAUGGUAGAACAGGCAUAUUUAAAAUGUGACCAGUUGAUUGAUUUGUAUAAUAGGGGGAAAUUGGAAACCCAGCCUGGUUGUAACGAAGAACAAACUUUGGAGGCUAAAAUUGGUGGUUUGUUGUCUAAGGUCAGAGAAGAGGUGGGUGAUGUUUGUAUCCGUGAGUUGGAUUCGUUGAAUGCCCCUUUGAUUAUGGCCACAUGUGGUUCAAAAGGUUCCACUUUGAAUGUUUCACAAAUGGUGGCUGUCGUUGGACAACAGAUUAUCUCUGGUCAUCGUGUUCCUGAUGGUUUUCAAGACAGAUCUCUACCCCAUUUCACCAAAAACUCUAAAACACCACAGUCUAAAGGUUUCGUUAGGAAUUCCUUCUUUAGUGGUUUAUCACCCCCAGAGUUCUUGUUCCAUGCUAUUUCAGGAAGAGAAGGUUUGGUCGAUACUGCAGUGAAGACAGCUGAAACGGGUUAUAUGUCUCGUAGAUUGAUGAAGUCACUUGAAGAUCUUUCUUCACAGUACGACAACACGGUGCGUAAUUCGUCAAACGGUAUUGUUCAGUUUACAUAUGGUGGCGAUGGUUUGGACCCUUAUGAUAUGGAAGGAGACGCCAAACCAGUAAACUUUGUUAGGCAGUGGGAUCAUGCGUACAAUGUGACGUAUAAUGUCCAUGAUAAAGCUUUGUUACCAUACGAGAUAAACGAGCUAGUUGACAAGACCUUAAGCCCGCUCAUCGAUAAGCUUGCUGUUGCUGGAAAUGAAGAUGAGCUUAUUGAUCAAAGGGAUGCCGAGAGAGGAUUUUAUGAAUCAGUUGCAGAAUUCUUACGAAACAAGGCAGAAACUCUUGCACGGUUAAGAGAAACCAGAGGCUUGCAGCCAUUUUACACCAGAAUUGAGCAAGAUGAUAUCCAAAUGGAUGAAGAUGAAACCACAGUCAAUGCUAUAAACCAGUUGAUGAAAAUAUCACACAAGGCAGUAAAGGAGUUUAUGAAACAGUGUUUAUAUAAGUACUUGAGAGCAAAGGUGGAGCCUGGGACAGCCGUUGGUGCUAUCGGGGCACAGUCGAUUGGUGAACCGGGUACACAGAUGACUUUGAAGACUUUCCAUUUUGCCGGUGUGGCAUCGAUGAAUGUGACUUUGGGUGUUCCCCGUAUCAAGGAAAUUAUCAAUGCCUCCAAGACUAUUUCAACGCCUAUUAUCAAUGCUGUUUUGGUCAACGAUGACGAUGAAAUUGCGGCUCGUGUUGCCAAGGGAAGAAUUGAAAAGACAUUAUUGAAAGAUGUGGCCUUCUACAUUGAAGAUGUUUAUAAAGACAACAUGGCGUACUUGUCAAUUAAGUUGGACUUGGAGACUAUAGAUAAGUUGCAAUUGGAGUUGACCAUUGACAACAUUGCUCAAGCUAUUUGCAAAGCGCCGAAGUUGAAGAUUGCACCGGGUGAUGUUAUUGUUACCGGUAAGAAUAGGAUUAAUGUAUUGUGCAAUGUCAACGAGUCAAAGUCAGAAAGCUUGAAAGCUACUGGCGAUUCACUGAAUGCCCUUUUCUUUAGAAUGCAAACCUUAAAGAGGGUCCUUCCAGACAUUUGCAUCAAAGGGUUGCCAAACAUUUUCCGUGCCGUGAUUAACAUCAAAGAUGACGGUAAGAAGGAGUUGCUUGUUGAAGGAUAUGGCUUGAAAGAUGUCAUGAAUACUGAGGGUAUUGUGGGUACUAAAACCACCACGAAUCAUGUUUUGGAGGUGAAUGAAAUUUUGGGAAUCGAAGCUGCCAGAGGAUCAAUCAUUAGAGAAAUUGACUACACAAUGAGUAAUCACGGUAUGAGUGUUGAUCCUCGUCAUAUCCAACUAUUGGGAGAUGUCAUGACGUACAAGGGUGAGGUGUUGGGAAUCACCAGAUUUGGGCUUAGUAAAAUGCGUGACUCGGUAUUGCAGUUGGCAUCUUUUGAGAAAACGACUGAUCACUUGUUUGACGCUGCAUUCUUUAUGAAGAAGGACAAGAUUGAAGGUGUGUCCGAAUGUAUUAUUUUAGGUCAAACCAUGAGCAUUGGUACUGGGGCAUUUAAAUUGGUCAAAUCGUCCAAUUAUGAUGACAAGGUGUUGAAAAGAAAGAGCACUUUAUUUGAAUCUUGUUGUGAGGUGGCUACUGCUGCUGCUGCUUAG